AUGUCUCGCUCGGCAUCACGCUCGCAUGCAACGGCCACUAUAGCCGGUCCCAGACGUCCACCGACAAACACAUAUAGCGCCAUAUCAGCAUCGGAGAACCUGGAACUUUGGAAGCUCAAAACCAAAUGGCCUUCGAAAGGUCCCCGGUCUGAGGCAUUGGUCAAGCGUAAUUUUCGAGUCCACGUAGACCCGAAAGAAUACAAAGAUGAGAAGGGAGAUUACCGAUGCGUCGUCAAGCUCGAGAUAAUGGACAAAGAUGGUCACGAGUUCGAUGCUUCUGGUGGCCUCAUAGGACCUUGGCUUGUCUCGACCUCGGCACACAACUUUAUGAACGUUGGUGGGCCCAACUGUGUCUCCCGUGCUGUGUCUGUCAGAGCUUAUAUUGGGUACCACCUUCAAGGCUCUUCUAGAGGAAUCAGGGUCCAAGAGCGCUUCUGCACAAUGUUCAUCGUGCGUCAAGAAUGGGCCAAGUCUAAAUUCACUUCUUCGCAAGACGACAGGGCUCUCGUCGUGCUCCAACACAGGUUCACGGAGGUCAAGCCAGCCUUGUACAAAGCCCCGUCGUUAGGGAAGUCAGAUGUCCUCGUCGUUGGCUACCCCAGCGAAAACACACAGCAGGUCUACGAUUCAUGUAAGAAUUGCCAGCAGGCUGGCUGCAUGUACGUAGUGAAGGGCGAGGCUGAGCUCAAAGUCAGAAAGCUAUUACAAUAUAAGCUAUCGACCAUGCCAGGUAACUCUGGAGGUCCCGUGUUUCUCGACGAGAUGCCCAGGACAGUCAUAGCGACCCACACCGGCGAGGCCUCCGAAGCAGGGUUCAAUUGCGCUACUCCAGUCGAUGUCAACUUCAUUGAGGCAGGCAAGGCUGCUUUGAAACAGCACCACUCGUCUCCUCAUCGAUACAUGGUGAUGCAUCAACAAGCCGGCACUUCCACCUGGGUUCUCUUCCAACCGGAAACGGGAUGCUCGAGCUACGAUCCAGCAUCCAGGACGUCUGGGCGCUGA